CGAUCCCAAUGGCGACGUUUGGGUUAUAGCAGUAGUAUACAAUUGCGCAGCAUAUAUAACAACAGUUGCACAUUAGGCUUUGUUUGGAUUCCAAUUCUAAAAUCACUUCUAGUAGUAGUAAUCACAUACACUACUUCAAAUGGCUGGUAAUGGCGACGAACACAGACUAAACCUUGAACCUGAGAAACAGAGCCUUCUCAAUCGCCACACUGAAAAGCACUUCACCGCGGGUGAAAUCGUCCGUGACAUCAUCAUUGGCGUUUCCGAUGGCCUCACCGUCCCUUUCGCCCUCGCCGCCGGUCUCUCUGGCGCCAAUGCUACUUCUUCCAUCGUCCUCACUGCUGGCAUCGCCGAAGUCGCCGCCGGCGCCAUCUCCAUGGGUCUCGGAGGGUAUUUGGCUGCAAAAGGUGAAGCUGAUCAUUACAAUAGAGAAUUGAAAAGGGAACAAGAAGAAAUCGUUACAGUACCAGAAACUGAAGCAGCUGAGGUGGCAGAAAUAUUGGCUGAGUAUGGAAUAGAGGCACAUGAAUAUGGACCUGUGGUGAAUGCUCUGAGAAAGAAUCCUCAAGCAUGGCUUGAUUUCAUGAUGAAGUUUGAGUUGGGACUAGAGAAGCCAGAUCCGAGAAGAGCAUUGUAUAGUGCAAUGACAAUUGCUAUUGCUUACGUAUUGGGUGGAAUUGUUCCUCUCAUUCCUUACAUGUUCAUUCGAAAUGCAUCAGAGGCUGUUCUUGUUUCAGUGGUGGUUACAUUGAUUGCUUUGCUUAUCUUUGGCUUUGUCAAGGGAUCCUUCACCGGCAACAAGCCAAUCAGGAGUGCUUUGGAAACUGCUCUAAUUGGUGCCAUUGCCUCUGCGGCUGCUUAUGGUUUGGCAAAGGCUUUCCAUCCAUAGUUUCAUGCUCUUUCAGAACUAUUAUUUUCUACUUCUUGUCUAUUAGAUGCUACUUGUGGUGGUAACUGGCAACAAUUUUCAGUUUCUUGCCACAUUUUCAUGAACCAUUUAACUUUUGGCUUGAAAUUUUUGUGGUUGAUAUCAAUUUGCAUUUUAAUCGUC